AUGAGGGUGUGGAGAUUUAGACGUUGCAAAGCUGUUAAAGGUUUCUUAUCAUUAUCAGCAGUUCUUGUCAUACUUUUAUACAUUGUGGUGUUACGGCAUCACAAAUGCAUCAAUUCCUUAAAAGUGUAUCCAAUGCAGAAAGCACUCCCCGACCGUAUGAUUGGUUAUCCUCUCAACAUUGACUUCACAAAGUUAGUCGAAGACGUCAACGAAAAAGGAUAUAAAAUGUUUAAACCUAUCAAUAUAUAUCCUUAUUCGUAUUUGAAACCAAUACCAAAUAUUUGUGGAUCAUCAAAUGAAAUAUUUCUUUUGUUUAUGAUCAAAUCUGCACCGAGAAAUUUUGAUCAAAGAAAAGCUAUACGUGAAACAUGGACAAAUACGAUGUAUGUUAGGAAACAUAUUAUCCGGCAUGUUUUCUUGCUUGCAAAAACGUCUAAUUAUGACGUCAACAAUCGUCUGUCAAUUGAAAAAGAGAUGCAUCAGGAUAUCUUAGAGAUGACUUACGUUGAUAACUACUACAACAAUACCUAUAAAACCAUUGGAGGUAUCAAUUGGUGUGUUAAAUACUGCUCUAAAGCUAAAUUUGUUAUGUUGGUGGACGAUGAUUUCUACAUAGCUACGGAUUACCUGUUAGCUUAUCUGCAUGGACUACCACAAAAUAUGUACAGUUCCCUAUAUGCUGGCCACGUAUGGAACACCUACCCACAGAGAUGCCUACACCAGAAAUGGUAUAUGUCUUUUGAAGAUUACCCAUUUGACAGGUAUCCACCCUUCCUUAGCGCCGGAGCUAUCAUUAUGUCGAUGGACGUUGUUAAAAGACUCCAAAUCGGUAUUCAGUAUACUAAAAUGUUUAAGUUUGAUGACGUUUUCAUAGCUAUCGUUGCUUACAAACUCAACAUUAAACCCGUUCAUCAUCCAGGUGUGAGAGUGGGUGAGGCUGUCCUAUACCACGAGGACUUCACUACUGUGUUAGCCUCCCACGGGUACAGAAAUGCAAAUGAUCUAAGGGCAGCAUGGCAAAAAAGCGAUGACACUUCAGAUGAGGAGGACCUACCACCCCUACAAGCAGUGAUAGACAGAGCGAGAAAGGAAAGAGAUAAUUCUGACGAAGAGGACACAAUUCCAAUUGCAGAAUUGAGACAAAGGUUAAGACUACGCAAGCUUCAUCAAAGGGAUCAGGAGAAAAGCAGUACAUCCAACAACUUGUCAGAGAGCAACUACGACCUAGAGAUGGAAACCGAUGUAACGGGAAAUGACACAGAGCAAAAUGAAAGUGACACUGAGAGUGAACAAGGUCAUCUCUACAAUACAUACAUGUCAGAUGAUUUCGAUAAUUUCGCAGUAAAUACUGUUGGAAAUGUCAACUUACAUUCUCUUACUCCUUUUGGUACUUUCCGUGAAUUCUGUUAG